AUGGUGGGAGAUAAGAGUUUUUUUGUUGGGCUAACCGUAAGGAGCAGAAAACCCUUUUUGAAGGAAAAGAUGAUUGGAAUGCAUUAUAACAAGAAUUUGCAAGGUAAAGGUGUUGUUGAAGUUGCCGGCGGUGCCUUUUCUUCAACCGCGGCGAAGUUCAAGAAAGAUGAAAGCUUUACAAACUAUGAACCCAUAUCUGUACUGGAUACAAGGAGUCCAAGUCCCUCCACUUCCACAUCCACUUUUUCCUCUUUUAACACCACCACCCAACAAGGAGCUGCGGCCCUAUCCACCGCCACUGAGGACGGUGGAGGGAAAGCUGACUUCGUGGCUGACCUGGACCCUGGACAUAAUGCUACUGCUUUGGAGUUGACUAAUGGGGCUUCUGAAAAUUUCAAUCUUGGGAUUGAAGAUUGGGAGAACUUGUUGUCUGAAUCUCUAGUAGGCCAAGACCAGACUCUUCUCCGGUGGAUUUCGACCAGAGAUGUCGACGAGUCUUCGUUGAGCUUGAAGCAUUUUUGGCAAGCAGGAAACUCGAAUGAGACACAGGAAAAUGUGGGUUGCGGGUUUUCACCAGUUGAUUCAGCCAUUUCACCAGUUGGUAAUGUUUUUUCAAACUUGAAUACUUCUGCUUUAGGCCUGUCUGGUUGUGGGUUUUCUUUGAAUGAUAACAAUGGUAAACAUUUGCUAUCUUUGCCUAAUGGUAUGAGCUUUACCAAUCAACAACAUGGAAGUUUAGAGCAAAAGGCUCAGAUUUGUAGCCCACAUGUUGGUUUACAACAACUUCAGAUGCCAGGUGCAUCAAAUCUGCAUUCGUUGAACUUGAAUCCUUCAAUGUAUGUCAGUGCACAAGAGAAGCAACACCAGUUCCAGCCGCCACCAAAUUGUCAUAACCCCGGUUCUAUGGAUUUUGAUUUAGGCUUUCAGAAUGUGAUCGUUCCAUUUCUUGAUCCGUGUAAUGAGUUGUUGCUGAGGAAACAACAGUUGUUCGAAAUGCAGCAGACGUCAAUGGGUUAUGGCCAGCAGCCUAAUUUUGUUCCACUGCAUCAGCUUCAGCAGAAGACAAUGUUGGUGCCGAAGCAGGAGGUAUCUUGCGGCAGUGAGGAGCAAAUUGUGGCACCGCACUGUCUGCAGCAGCACCAACAUGUCAUAAAUGAUCAACUCUACAAGGCGGCUGAGUUGAUAAUGGCUGGAAAUUUCUCCAACGCGCAAGGGAUAUUGGCGCGGCUCAAUCAAGUGCUUUCUCUAGUUGGGAAGCCUUUUCAAAGGACUGCUUUUUAUUUGAAGGAGGCUUUGCACUUAGCGCUCUUAAUGCCCAACCUGGGUACCCCUCUACCGAGGAUUCCCACUCCAUUUGAUGGUAUGUUCAAGAUGGGUGCUUAUAAGACUUUCUCCGAAGUUUCACCCCUUGUCCAGUUCAUGAAUUUCACGGCCAACCAGGUUAUUCUUGAAGCCCUUGAUAAUGCUGAAGAGAUUCAUAUUAUUGAUUUUAAUAUUGGUUUUGGUUUUGGUGCUCAAUGGUCUUCUUUUAUGCAAGAUCUUCCAAGGGGUGAUCAGGGGGCACCUUCAUUGAAAAUCACAGCCUUUGCUUCUCCUUCGACCCAUCAUUCAGUUGAGCUUAGCCUCAUGCAUGAAAAUUUAACACAGUUUGCUAAUGAGCUUCAUGUUAAUUUUAAGCUUGAGGUAGUGAAUAUUGAUUCUUUUGACCCCAAUUCUAAUUUGGUAUCCUCUUUCCGAUCAUCGAAAAGUGAGGCCAUUGUUGUGAAUUUCCCUAUCUGGUCCAUGGAAAGUCACCUGUCUGUUCUUCCAUCACAUCUUUGCUUUAUAAAAAAACUGUCACCAAAAAUAUUGGUCACACUUGAUCGCGGAUGUGAUCGAACUGAUCUCCCAUUCUCGAGUCACAUUCUUAACUCGCUUCAGUAUUACGAGGCUCUACUGAUCUCUAUCGAAGCUACUAAUAUGACUUCAGAUUCCAUUAACAAAAUCGAGAAGUUCCUAUUCCAGCCUAGGAUUGAAAGCACUGUUUUGGGGCGCCUUCAUGCCCCCAACCUGAUGCCCCCAUGGAGAAACCAUUUUGCUUAUGCCGGUUUCUUUCACACGGCAAUCAGCAACAUUGCCGAAACACAAGCUGAAUGUGUAGUCAAGAGAAGCCAAGUUAAAGGAUUUCGUGUGGAGAAGCGGCAAUUAUCACUUGUGCUAUGCUGGCAGCAUCAUGAGCUCAUGUCUGUGACAGCUUGGAGAUGCUGA